CCUCUGCAGAUGCGGGCGCUUAUCCUGGACUCAGACCUCUCCAUUUCGUCCCGGCAGUGAGGGGAAAUGGCAAGUGCCUUAUCGAGCCGAAAAUACCGAUUGCAAAUUGGACUGUGCCUAUCUCAGUUAACAAUGCGAUUUCCGUUCCUAUUAACAAAAAAUCGGUAUUGUUCGGCACGUCGAUGCAGAUACUGCUACCCUUCGGCACUUACUGCAAGACCACAUCGCUCAAUUAGUCCCUCAUUGCAAACGUGAGAUAUCAAUUGUGAAGCUAGGUCAUCGAGCAACUUCACAUCUUCGCCUCCCUUCGUUCUGUACUCUCGCUCAAACUUCUCUCACAACCAUAGCUCAGUAUGUCUGCCCCUAUGAAGUUUGGCAGUGAAUACAACUUCUGGAUCAAGUCCGAAAAGGGGACUGAUCUCACCCGGGGUGACGGCAACGGGAAGAUAGUGAAGACGAGCAAAGAGGAUAUUGCCAUUUCGCCCAAGAAGUCUGCUCUGGUCAUCAUUGACAUGCAAAACUACUUCUUGCACGAGAGGUGUUGUGAUGGCAAGCUGGGGCGUGAGAUGAUCCCCACCCUUAUCGAGACAGUUAAGGCAUGCCGCAAAGCGGGCAUGCCCGUAGUCUGGUGCAACAUGGGCUUUAGUAAGAGUGACGUGAAGAACAUCCCGCCUGCGUACUUCUACAGCUCAUACAGACGCGACAAGACUUUCUUUGGCCAAUCAAUCGGCAAACUGGACGACGGCUCUGAUAUGGGUGCCAAGCUCGCCCGUGGCUCUUGGAACGCUGAUCUCUUCGGGGCGCUGAAGGAGAUUGCUGAGGAGGGCAUUAAGGCCGGUACAGACACUUGGCUCUGGAAGAUUCGCUACAGCGGUCUCACCGGCAGUCAGCCUCUCAACACCUGGCUUGAGCAGAACGAGAUCACCACGACCUUUUUCGGCGGUGUUAACACUGAUGUUUGCGUAUAUGGCACACUGGCUGAUGCCUACUACCUGGGAUAUGACGCCAUCCUCGUUAGGGACCUUGCUGCCACGGGCAACCCGGAGUUUGUCACCCAGACAGCCUACUUCGCCACAGAGAUGCGUGGCUGGACCACGGAUUCGAAGAGCCUCCUGGCGGCUCUUGAAUAG